AUGUCGGAGAAUCAUGAAGUUUCUACUUCUGAAAAUUCGAGAAAGAGAAGGCAAUCGCAUGCAGUUUCGGUUACUGAAGUGGAAAUGCCUCUCAUUCCCCAUGAAGCCACUUCCAUUGGAGGAGGGGAGAAUGACAAUGGUGCUCUCGUUGCUAGUGAUAAAGUUCAUUCUCUCCCAGAACUCUCGGAGGACAUCAUGUUCCAAAUUCUUUCACGACUCCCUGUUGAGCCGGUGUUUCGAUUCCAAUGUGUGUGUAAGUUAUGGAAACAACACCUCUCAUCACCUAUCUUUGCUGAAAAACAUCAUCUCUCCCCUUACCAGCCUUGUGAUACUUUUGCCAUAGUCUCACUCUCGUCUGGAUCCUUCUUUCUGCGCGAACUCACUGCACCAAAUGCCUGUGCGACCCUUAGAUAUCUGAGGCUUAACUCAGUAGAUGGAGGUCCAAAGCAGUUGGCAUGCAGCCAUGGGAUGGUUUGUUACAGGACAGAGGACGAAAAUAAAGACAUUUUUGUGUGCAACCCUGUAACACAGGAAUUCAUCGUCCUUCCAUACAUCGAAGAUUAUGAAUUUGAGAUUCAGGGUUUGUAUUUCAACCGACUGAACUACUCAUUCAAGGUGUUGGUGUGGUGCUGGCCUACCGGUUCGAUUAGAAGAGGACUUUGGAUGUUCAGCUCGGAGACUGAACGGUGGAAACGCAUUUCCCUGGGCAUGCAGGUGUUCAUUUAUGGCGGGAGGUUCAUAUGCGUUGGCAGCGUGUUGUACCAGCUUGGGGAGCAUGCUGUCUACACUUUUGAUAUGGAAAGAGAAGAAUGGGGAAGCAUUCGAGUUCCUCCAGGGGUCUCGGGGAAGUCAUGCUGCAUGAUGGAGUGGGAUGGCAGGGUUUGCUUGGUUCAGGAACCGAAAAGAUUUGAGUUGGUAAUAUGGCGGCUCUCCGAGACGAUAUGGGAGAAAGGUACAACACUGUGUCUUGAGAAACGCUUCUACCGCAGAGGAUCAUACCCGCAUGUUCGUGAUCUGGGUAUAGUUGGGCACCGUGGAUGUCUCUUUGUUGCUCGAGUUGUGAGGAGGACCGUUGAGGUCACUUCUUACGACAUCGAUGGAAAUAAAAGAGAUAUUAAAUGGAGAUUUUGUUCGAAUGAUAAACUCAAUGAAGAUUUCUCACUUAAGAUUUUUCCGUUCACUCCGACACUCCUGCAGUUUCGGACUAUAACUGCGACACAUGUUCAAACCUCAUCAUAA